AUUGGCGGUGAAUUAAAAACUCACUCAGCUGUUCCCUUGUUUGUUGACAAAAAUAAAACCAAAAAUUUGGUUAUUAGUACAAUGGGCAAUGAAGGUAGUAAAUUAAAAGGCUUAAUAAUUGAGAAAAAUGCUGUCGAAGUGAAUGAUUUCUGGGCACUACAUGAUGCAGAGUCCCCCACAACAAGCAACGAAGACGGCCGGCAGCUGCUUUCCAUUUUUCAAGGCGAGCCCGGGCCUAGUGAAAUAAAGGGUCAAUUAUGGAAACAAGGAGGACCAAUAGAUCGAGCAAUAAGAAACCUCAUGAUCUAUCGGCAUCCAUACAUACUCAAAUACGUUGCAACAUGGGUGCAGUCGGGCCAGAAACAUCUUGCCACGGAACGAGUACGACCCCUCUCCAAUGUGCUCGCACAGCAGAGUGACAUACAAAUUUGCCUGGGGUUGCGUACAAUACUCUGCAGUCUUAUCUUUCUGAUUGAGAAGGCGAUGGCGCGUCAUCUGAACAUUUGUAACCAAUCGGUGUAUGUCACAGACAACGGCAGCUGGCGCUUGGGCGGCUUCGAGUACGUUUGGAAGGCAAAAGAGGUGAACGAACAACUGCUGGAUUUUGCACAACCCUUUCGCUAUCAGCCGGCCAUCGAUGAGAGAAAUAAGGAACAGUUGGAGGCUUUUGAGCAAUUUGCAUUUGCCACUCUCUGUGAGCAAAUACUUGAGAAAUGCAGCAAGCGUAAUGAGGACGAAGGCGGUGGAGAUGCGAACACACCCACCACACCACAUGUGCAGGAAUUUCGCGCCUACUGUAGCACACACUUAAAACACAGCAACACGGAACUACGGCCCAAACUGUCGGCGGUGCUGCUACAUCCAUAUUUCAACCAUGAAUUCGUACUCAUACAUUCCUUUCUCUUUGAGCUGCCGCUUAAGUCUGUUCAGGAACGUCAGCAGUUCUUCACCACCCUCAUCGAUCGUCUGCGCUGCUUUGACGAGCAAGUGGUUGCAUCUCAGCUUGCAAGUGAUUUGCUUUCCCGCAUGGUUCUGCUUGAUCCAACUGCUCAGAAUUGCGUCACAACCUACGUGCUCAGUACAAAAACGGAAAACGGAACGGCCGCCCUUUUUUCGCAACAGACCUAUGUGCAAUAUGUGCUACCGCACAUUCUGAAAAUGUUUCGCCUGCGCGAUGCCCAAAUACGUCUAAUCCUUCUGGAAUACUUUAUGGAAUACGUAAGGUUGCUGAGUGACGAGCAACUACAGAGAGAAAUACUGCCACAUUUACUGAUGGGUAUGAACGACACGAACGAUGUACUGGUGUCGAAGACGCUGCACUCGCUAGCCGACCUAGUGCCCAUUCUCGGAGCUGCCACUGUACUGGGCGGGAAACGUAGUCGUUUCUUUUCGGAUGGCCGUCCCCAUGCGGCAGUAUCCACAGAGAGUAAUGCCGACUGGGUGGAGCCGCGUUCCAUUACACCCGUAAUGAACGGCAGCGCAGGCGAUGGAGAUGAGUAUAUGGUGUCCGGCAGCCCAUUGCCAGCUGAAAACGCCACUCCAUUGUCCAUGCAAUUGCGUCUUAGUCCGGAUGGGGGUGAGGAUGACAAAAGCAUAGGCAACAUUACUGACGCUCUCUCGAGUAGACCUCUUGAGAAUAGCACAGAUAGCAGUAUCAGCAGUCAUACCCACAGCAGCAGCGUUACCCACGAACAAACGCUGGUGGAUGAUGACGCUUGGUCUGAUUGGGAUACAAAUGACGAGUUGCAGCGCCUUCAUGUUAAGCGUUUGGACGAUAACGACACCGAUGACGCCCCCACUGCCAUCCACAAUGCUGAAGAGAUGGCACUAAGUAAUCUAGAAACCAAUAGUAGCGCCUCUUCGCAUGCCACACAAACAACACAGCAAUCUCUUACCGAUUCCUAUCGCACAGCUUGCUCCACGAUGUCCACAGCUAAUUCACAUACGUCCAAAGUGCCGGUGAAGAAGGUUAUUGAUGAUUUAAGCGCGCUGGACAUACAGGUGCAGCCCAAGACAGCAACGGGCAAUCAGGAUACAACGGAGUUUGAUUUUUUCAAGGACAUGGAACCAGUCAUUGAGGCAAAGUCACAGUCCAGCGAACAGGAGAUUGUACAAAUUAAUGUCAAUCGCUUUGCAGCCGAUACGACUGCCACAAACGGUUUAGAUUUGGAUGCAGAGGCAGAUCAAGGCUGGGGCAUGGAUGACGAUGAUGUUGUUUGGGGCGAGGACACUGCAGAAAACGCUACUUAGUUGUAAUUCUCAUUUAAAAGUUAUAGUUUCUUAUGAGUGCUUAAGUUAGAAUCAUGUAUGUGAGAGAAGAUGAGUGUAUGUGUGUUUGUGCCUGCGUCCAAGAAUUUUGAAACUAGUUUGUAGUCGGCAGUUUGUAGAGCAAUCAUCUGAAAUUCAACGUUAACCCAAACUGUAUAAUUAAAAAUCAAAAUUGUCAAGAGCCACGUGUAAUUAUAUGUAUGUAUAUUUUUUAUGCAUUUUUCAAGAAUUAAAUGUUUCAUCUUUACCGCA